CAGGUUUCAGUCAUUUUUAUCAGAAGUCUCUCUUUCUCAAAAGUCAACCCCUCAUUUUGCAAUCGUGAAUCUCUCUAUCAAGCCUUCGUCUUUCUCACAGACCGGAGUUAUUGUCUCGGAAAAUCUGAUAAAAGAAAGAUGUCUAACUCUCAAGAAGAUGACAAGAAUCCCAUCGACCAAGAACAAGAAGCUCAUGUCAUUCUCAAGGAUGGAGAUGAAGUCUUAUUUAAGAUCAAGAAAAGCACUCCGCUUAGAAAGCUCAUGUACGCUUACUGCGACCGCCGAGGUUUGAAAUUAGACGCAUUCGCUUUCAUGCUUGAUGGAGCUCGUAUCCGUGGCACGCAGACUCCAGAUGAGCUUGAUAUGGAAGAUGGAGAUGAGAUCGAUGCGUGCCGGGCGAUGAGUGGUGGUCUACGAGCAGAUCAGCGUCAGUGGUCUUAUAUGGUUUUCGAUCAUAAUCGGCUCUAGGGAUAAUUUGGCAGGCUUUGUGUUACUUUGACUAUUUUCUUCAAGAAAAAUCACUUGAAGUGUAAAUCAUGACUCAUAACUUAAUGAGUUAUUGGAUCUUAUAAUAUUAAUGGGAUCUGGUUAUGGAUUUUUAUUAGAA